AUGGCCUUUCGCAAACGGAACAUAGCCAUACCACAACCAGGAAUCAGCACCCCACAAACCCCAAUUACAGAAAAAAUAGUCCCAAUCCCCGGAAUUCGACCCUCACCACUCGAUGGGCGCCCAACUACAUCCACAGGAACCCGCUCGCUCGAUGCCAUACUAGCUGGACAUGCGGGACUAGCACUCGGCACAUCGCUUCUACUUGAAGAGAGUGGGACUACGGAUUUCGGAGGCACGCUAUUGAAGUAUUAUGCGGCCGAAGGGGUGCUGCAGGGACACCAUAUUCACGUCUUGGGUAUGCAUCCGGGGUGGGGACGAGAAUUGCCGGGAGAGGGAAAGGCGGAGGGAGUAUCGUCGUCGAGGAAGGAUGGGCAGGAGAAGGGGAAGGCGGCGGAUGAUAGGAUGAAGAUUGCAUGGAGGUAUGAGAGGUUGGGGGAAUUUGGGGCGAGUGGUGCUAGAGAGAGAAAUGCUGCGCAAUCGAGUACAGGCACAUCAGGUCCGCCUUUGAUAUUCUGCCACGAUUUCGAUCUUAGCAAACGGUUGAUUCCCCCCUCAUCUACGCAGAUGCACUUGAUUCCCACGAUCCUCAGGCCCGACUUCGAAUUCGCAGAUACAACGAACGAAACAAAAUCCCCAUUCACACCAUUCCUCCAACAUCUCUCAACUCACCUCACUCGAACCCCUGCUACAACCAUCCACCGCAUCAUAAUUCCCUCCCUCCUCUCCCCCGCCUUCUACCCCUCCCACGCCUCUCUCCCUCACCACAUCCUCCCCUUCCUACACGCACUACGAGCCCUCCUCCGCCAGCACCCCACCAGGCUAACCAUCAUGCUCACGCUGCCACUCCCCCUACACCCCCGCACCACCGCCCUCACAAGAUGGAUCGAGCUCCUCAGCGACGGCGUCCUCGAAAUUGCUCCUUUCCCCUCCAUAUCCAUCAUCCCCAAAGCGACCCCAUCCAGCUCCUCCAAGCCCGCUGAAGAAGAACCACCCCAAGGAAUGCUCAAAAUCCAUCGCCUACCCAUAUUCCACGAAAAAGGCGGCGGAAGCGCGGGGUUUGCUGGAGACGAUCUGGCAUUUUCGUUGAGUAGGAGGAAGGGACUUGUUAUUAAACCUUAUAGUUUACCUCCCGUCGAAGACGAGGGGGAGGAACAAAAGGGAGGAAUUGAUAUUGAUGGGAAAGGAGGAAAAGCUACAAAAAUCGAUAUCGAAUUUUAG